AUGCCGACAAAAACUGCUUCCCUUAGUAUAAAAGCUCUUCCUCUUGAAGUUGUGUCUAAUAAUUAUCAAAUUUUAUCACCAUCAGCGUUUCUUCCAUCUACAGCUCUCUUUACUCUUCAAAUAACCACAGUAAAUGACCCAAAUUUAAAACGUACUUAUAAAAUUAACGUCAAUCAAUCAAAUCAUCUUAUGCAAAAAUCUAGUCUCUUUUAUAGUCUCUCUACUCAGUAUACUAGAAUAGCCUUGAAUUUUGAAGAAUCACUAGAACAAUCAUUGAUCGAAGAAGCUGGAGGCUUACCCAUGAUUUUUAUUGAGGCCCCCGUAAAUGGACUUAGAGGUAUGACAGUUGUUGAUGCAUUUUUAGAUUGGUUAUAUACCACGGAUGAUGCAUUAACUUCCUCGUUGGCGUCAAAGAUACAGUCUCAUCAAGAUUUCUUUUCAUUACUUAACUUAUCCACAUUAUUGGAUCUUUUCGAACCAUAUAGAACUGCCGUGGAUGAAAUUUUAGUGUACUACUACUUUGGUUUAUCAACAGAAGAAAGGAGGAAUGGAAUUUUGAGUAAUGAUCAGUUUGUUGAAGGGUUGGUUCCUGGGAGAUUUGUAAGGAGAUUAGUGGAAUCUGUUAAUGAUAGUGAAGCAAAAGAAAUUAUUGCAUCUUUCUUCAGAGGUAAACCGUCAGAUGAAAUCAAUAGGCGACAUGAAAUUAAAAAUGACGAAGAAUGGGAAAAAUUGUUAUAUGAUGACACCAAUUCUUUAGAUUAUGAAUGUGAAUCAAAUAUUUUGGACUGGAUAUCUCGGCACGUGGCAUGUUCUACUCCGAGCACGCCUCUAACUGAACCUUUAGAUUAUGCCGAGCCACCGACACCAAUGGGUUCGGCUUACUUUUACAUAAAUUCUCCACAAUUAUCCAAAUCAAAGAUUCAUAUAUUAUCUAGAUCACAUCCUCAAACGCCGAAAAGUGUCGGAUCCAAACAAUUUUCAUAUUUUGGAGUACCACCAAAUACGCCAAAGACACCAGAUUCUGCAUCAGUUGCUUCGCCAAUUACCAAAACAAUACCUAAUACACCAAACACACCAAAAGUACCUCAGGUUCCUCCAAACACACCAAACACACCAAAAGUACUUCAGGUUCCUCCAAACACACCAAAUUCACCUGGUACUCCUAGAAAUUCCAAUUUUGUACCUUUAACCUCAAAUAAUUCGAAUAUAUUACCUCGAUCAUCACCUACAGUAAUUAAUGACUUUGAACUUUCUUCAGUGAAUUAUUUUUCUAAACGUAUAAUGAAUUCGGGUGACAUUCUCGAAAAAGAAAUAAAAGAAAUGGAUAAAAAAAACGAAAAGAAAGAAAAAGAUUUGACCACAGGGAAAUCCAAUAUUGAAUGGAAAAAAAUAUGUGAAAAAUGUGCGAGAAAUCGACCAAAUCUUAUUUAUGUCGCAGUUGCUGCAUUGGCAAUGUUAAUCGUUUGGUUGAGAUUUAAAGGUUGGUUCGACAUGUUUGACGACACUAAGAAUAAUUUAAAAGAACCCGUAUUUUGA